AUGUCAUUCUGGGAUAAUAAUAAAGGAACAUUUCUUGCCGCUGGAAAGGCCACGGCUAAAGGGAUUGGAACAGGUACAAAAGCUCUCGGAAAAGCAGGGUACAGAACUUACAAGAAUAGCCAAAAUGAAAAGAAGGGGCUACCACCUAUUGAAACAGACAAAGGAGAUAACGAUCAUUAUGGCACAAGCAGUAGUUUAAAUAGUACUAAUACAGGUUACAACCCAGGAUAUAAUUCAGGACAUAAUUCAGGUUACAAUUCAGGCUACAACCCAAGUCACAAUUCAGGCUAUAACCCAAGUCACAAUUCAGGCUACAACCCAGGUCACAAUUCAGGUUACAAUACAGGUGCAAAUACAGGAACAAGCCAGUAUCAGAGCCAGCCAAAAGUUGAUGUUAAUGCAUUUCCCCUCCCACCUAAGAGACUUGUUGGACCUGGAGAAGUAAGACCUUUAAAUUCUCAAGCACCUCAAGCUCAACAAUCGCAACAACUUCAGCAGCCUCAACAACCACAACCACAACCACUUUCAGGAGCAAGGCCAGUUCCUCAACCUCCAAGCCAAGCGGGAAUUCAACCUCAAUAUCAGCCUCCGCAAUACCAAAAUGGGCAAAUUCAACAACCUGCUUACGGGGUAGAUCAACAACAACAGUCAUUCCAGCCCCAACCGCAACAACAACAAUAUCAACAGCCUAUCCAACAACCUCAACCUCAACCACAACAGACCCAACCACAACAACAAUAUCAACAACAUAUCUACCAACCUCAGCCUCAACUGCAAGUUCCUUACCAACCCCUUUCAGAGCAAAGUAACUCGAGUCAACCUCCACCAGCAUACGAUGAUAACAAUUUUCAAAAUAAUCAACUGGAGCUAGCGCAGUUGGAUAGCCAGCCAGUUGCUAAAAAGCCUUUACCGGAUCCAUCCCUGUUUGCUCCCCCUCCAAUCCAUAAAAAUCGAGGAGCCUCAGAAUCAUCGGACUCCGCAUCUAAUAAGACUGACUUUAAAGCUUCUCCGACUGGUAGAUAUGGAAAUUCAACUACGUCCAGAAAUACUAGUUUAAAUAUUGAUCCUUCAAAUAUAGGUCCACCACCUCCCAAACCAUAUAGAGAAAAUUCUGGGACAACACAUAACUCAUCAAAUAUCCGUCUGACACCACCAUUGCCUACCCGUCAAUCAAGCAGCACAAUCCAAAAUUCUCAUGCAUCAAAUGUUCAGUCACAGGCUACACCGAUUCCAGCUCCUCCUCCAAGUAGUAACACUGCAAGUGUAAAUUCUGAGUCGUCUCAAUCGUCUGGGACGGGUAGCUUACUGGCUCCUUUACCACCUCGGGAUAAUAUAGCUUUAGACAGUUCUAAAAAGAAAGCCCCUCCACCGAAACCUACAAAGAAGCCCUCUCAUUUAUCCGCUGAUGGUCCUUUACAAUCCGCAGGGACAGAUUCACUUAAACAGGAGUCCAAACCAAAUCUACCUAACUUUGCAGAAGAAAUCGCUUUGCGCAAAAGUUCGAACAAUGAUAUAGCUAGUAAGAGUAAUUCGAAUUCCGAAAACUUGAACUUAGAAUUGAAAAACAAAUUACGACCAGUAAAUUCCGAAGGUCAUAUAGAACCUGAAACUUCUAAUGACCCUCCGUCUCUGGUGAAGUCCAAGCCAAAGUUGGCCCCCAAACCAAAAAUAAGCCUCAAGCCAGAAAUUUCCCCAAAACCUGCUGCAUCAUCUUUACCAGAGAAAAAAGCAAAGCCUUUAAUGAAACCCAAACCUGAAAUAAAGGCCAAACCUGAAUUAAAAGCAAAGCCGAUUAUUGGAUCUAAACCAAUGGUUGACUCCAGUUCUAAAAGUUCUGACAUGGUAUCUAAUCCAAAAACUGACAUUCAAACUAACAAAUCUAGCACCUCAAUGCCUCCAAUCCCAAGAUCUGGAAGUGCUAUUUCUAACACCCCGCCACCACCAAUUCCACGAUCUCAAAGUGCAACCCCUAAUACGUCUAGCUCACCACCACCACCUCCUCCUCCAUCUAGAAAUUAUAGACGAACUAAGGUGGCCAUGCCUCCUAUCGUACUGGGUCCCCCAAACUUUGAUUUACAGUUGUCAACUGGUUGGUUCGCAAAUAUAUCAGGAGCAAUGGAACUACCAAAAGAUAUAUCUGGUCUUAACUACAAUACAUCUUAUCUGUAUACCACUCAUGGUUCUGAUAAGUCAUAUACCAGAAAUAUUAAUUUAAGGUUACGUGAUUUGGCUGUACUCUCAUACGCAAUUACAUGGCUGAAUGACAACAUCAACAAUGCAAAAGUUGAAGUUACUAGAUUUAUUCCAUCCCCAAUACUAAAUAAAAUUCCAACUGUUGAUGAAUUAAUUGCUAACCAAAAGAAGUUUGGCGACUACGUAGCUUCAUGGAGUGAGAAUAAAGUUGAUCAGAAAGUAGGGUCUGGGGAGUGCUGGGACCUUGCGCAUGAUGCUUUGUUGAAGGGUUGCGGAAAUCAUGCGUUUAUCUCCACUUACUAUCAUCAUGGUUUUCCGAUAGUUCUGCUUCAAGGUUCCGAAAAUGGCGUCUCAUAUGUUAAUGGGAAAAUAGCUUUGGAUGAGUUGAGAAGAGGUGACAUUUUACAGUAUACUUCUUGCAUAUUUAAAGAUAAAAGUAGCGGAUCGGUGAGCACAGUGGGUAAUCCAGAUCAUACAUCAGUGAUAUUGGAAAACAUGGGUGAUAAGUUGAUAAUAGCAGAGCAAAAUAUUAAUAAUAUAAAAAUUGUGAAGAAAAGAGAGAUUUGCUUAGGCAACUUAACUCAGGGUACUGUGGUUGGAUAUAGACCGAUGCCUACUGAAUGGGCAGGAAAUUUGUAG